AUGCUUGCAAAAAUAAUAUUUGCAGGAGGAAUACCUUUUACUUUUGUUGAAAAUUCAUGUUCUAUCAAUUUUAUGCAACAUAUUCGUCCAUCCUUCAAAAUACCCAAUAGAAGAAAACUUGCAUCUGAUUUAUUAGACAAAGUUUUUGAUGAAGUAAAUGAAGAAUCUGACAAAGAAAUUUUAUCAGCACAGAAUUUAUGUAUGGUUUCAGAUGGCUGGUCAAAUAUUAAUCAAGAAUCUUUUUCAGCUGUAAUCACAGAUACAGCUAGUGUAAUAAAAGCAGCAUGGCGAAUUAUAGAACAGAAAUAUCCAAAUAUAAUUUGUUUUGGUUUAGAUGAUGCAAAAGAUAUUACCAAAUAUUUUAAGUCUCACACACAAUCAAUGGAAAAAUUUAAACGUAUUCAAUGUGAAAAUUAUGGUAAAGAAAUUUCAUUAACUUUACCAGUUCUCACACGAUGGGCAAUAAAUGCUAAAUCAUCUUGUUUAACUCGACCUGAAUGUCAAGAUGAAUGCAAAAUGAAUUGUGAACUUUGUUGA